UUGUUUACUGCUUCUUAUACCCUCUCGCAAGUCCGAUACUGCCUGUUUCCUUUCGUCUGAACCUUCUUCACGGCAUAUCCAUCUUCCCCACAGAGAAGAAAUCGGCCUUGGUGCAACAAGUUUGGAUCCGGAUCUUGAGUACUUUGAAUCUUACUUCUGUUUGUGUUCCCCUCGAUUCACAGUCAGAUUUGUGUGUGUUGAUGUUUUUGGAUCUGGUUAUGAUUCAUGUCAAAUCUUGAUUUCCGUUUCAAUAUAUUUUUUUUAUUUGAACCUGCUGAAAAUUGGAAUUACGGUUCAAUAUUAUGUUGUUGGUCUUAUCAUUUUAUAAGAUCUGAGAUUCAAAGGAGAUAGAUCUUGAUUUGGGAUUGUUGAUUUGGUUUGUGUUUGGUUUUCAGUUAUGAUGGGGCUGUCUUUUGCGAAGCUGUUCAGUGGGCUUUCUGCGAAUUCUUAUAGUGGGUCUUGAUGCCACUGGUGAGACCGCCGUUCUGUAUAAGCUCUAGCUAGAAGAGAUUGUGAGUACUAUUCCCAUAAUUGGGUGUAAUGUGGAGACUGUGGAGUAUAAGAACAUCAGCUUUGCCGUUUUAAUAUUUCUUUAUUGUUUCGGCCCAGCAGGGACAUCAUCCAUCAUGCAAAACGAUGCUGGAAACCAUGCAGUAGAUUUGAGCCAGUUGACAUCAUCCGAGGAUUCUAUCUUCAGAAUUCCAGGCUUGUUUAAAAUGCAUAAUGAACAGGCUUAUGCGCCCUAUAAAUUCUCAAUUGGUCCCUGGCAUUUCGGUAAAACACAGGAGUUGCGCACGGGACAAAAUAUGAAAGAGUCCUAUCUUGUAAGAUUCAUUAAUCGUUUCGAAGAUCCAGAAGCAAAGAAGGAUGAGUUGGAAGAAGCCAUCAAAAGGGAGCGUGAGAAAGCUAGAAUAUGUUACGAGGGAGGGGAUGUUUAUGGUGGAAAAAAUUUGGAUGUGGCCAUAGAAGAAUUUGAGGAAAUCUUGCUACUCGAUGGUUGCUUUAUUAUUGAAUUGUUGUGCACGAGAGAUGCUCCGCAAGUCUUUUCAUGGGUUAAUUAUCAAGUUAUUCUUCACGACCUGUUAUUACUAGAUAACCAAAUACCUUGGUUUGUGCUUGAGCUCUUGUUUGAUGAGAUCCAUGACCAACCCCAAUUCACGGAUUUAACAUUGGUUAAGCUGGCCAGGGAUUUCUUUGCAUCUGCUAUACCCCCUUGUGAAUUUCAGCAACUGCAAACUUCAAAUAUUUUACACGUGGUUGAUUUUGUGUGGCGUUUCUGGAGUGACUCACAAAAAAUGAGAUUAGGCUCCUAUAAUGAGCGAUUUACCAAGAAGUCUAUUCCAUCUGCCACCAGACUUAAAGAGGCGGGAGUCAAAUUUGAAGUCAUAAUUGAAGAAAGACUAAGGCACACCUUGGAUGUAAGAUUUAACAAGGGUGUCCUCGAAAUCCCAUGCUUGCUGAUUGGUCCAUGGACAGAAACAAUCUUAAGGAACCUCAUCAUCUUUGAGCAAUGUAGCAUUGGUUGCACCCCAUGUGUGACGUGGUACGCCGUACUUCUAGAUUGCCUAGUCGACACCGCAGAUGAUGUGGAUUUACUGAGCAGGGCAGGAGUUCUUGAGAACAGGUUAAACCCUGAGGAGACAGCUAAAUUCUUGAACAGACUUCGUGAUAACACUCUCAUAAAUGGCUUCCGUUAUGAUAAACUUUGCGAAGAUGUCAACAAUUAUUGCAAGAGGGGAUGGCCGAGGUGGCGAGCUUCUUUGAUCCAAAACUAUUUUACUAAGCCAUGGGCUAUAGUUUCUGUAGUUUUUGCUACGAUCGUUUUGUUUUUCACCAUAAUGCAGGUUUUCUACAAGUAAUUUUUGUAGCGCUUUUUAGAUAAGCAAAGAUACUGUCUGUUCUGUAUAAUCUUUUUUUGUCAAUAUUGUAUCUGUUGGAUAUAACUGGACUUACAAGGAUUCUACAGUGGAAGAGAGGAGAGUUUGGAGACUAUAUUUCUCUGUAUUUACUUCCUUGAAAAUAAGAACUUGCAAAGUUA